AAAAACGUUCGCCGGCUAAUUCACUCUAUUGUUCCCGCCAGAUAGAAGAUCUGGACCAAUCAGAGAAAACGUAUGCCCACGUGACAAACAUUCAUAUAUAAUAAGUAAAUAGAGCAAAUACAUUUCCUCAUAGAACCUCAUGUGGAUCAGUAGUGUAGCAUCACAAGAUACGAUGGAUUUCAAUUGGUUAAACAUGAAGGCAUUGUGUAUUAUGGUCUGUGUUGGUUUCCUCUUAUUAGAUGCUACAAGCGCACAAUCCUCAAUUAGUAAAACGAAAGUAGGAGCAAAAAAUGAAAAUAUUACAGAUAUUGACAACCUAAACUCAAACCAGACAAUAAGUCGAAGGCAAGAUGGUGGGUUUGAUUUAGUGAGCUAUUUCUUAAAUGGAAACCCUGUUGCUCAGCAAUCUCAACAACAGCAGUCUCAACAAACGCAGCAAGCUGCCCCAUCACAGCAAUAUUUAACCAUACAACAACAACAUCAACUACAGCAGCAUCUGCUCCAGCAGCAACAACAGCAGCAGCAAGAUCAACUCAAGCAAUUGCAAAUACAGCAACUUCAACAGCUGCAGCAACCCAGAUCUGUGGAUCUCAAUUACCAAAAUAACUUAGUGCAGCAAUACCAACCCCAACAAAAUGUUCCAUCAAGUCGAGAAGGUGGUAUAGGUAUUCAGUUGGGUUUAGGUAAUGGUUAUCAAUCAGGGGGAGGAGGUAUUGGUAAUGGUUAUCAAUCAGGGGGAGGAGUAGGUAUUGGUAAUGGAUAUCAGGGAGGGAAUAAUUAUGCAGGAGGACAGCAAGGGAAGGAAAUAGCGAUUCAAAUCGGAGCUGGUAAACCAAUUACUUCUGUUGGAGGACUCAUUAGUUUGUUGCCCAGAAUUUUCAAAGUUUUAACAGCUGGCGGUAAAGUUAUGUUUGGUGUUGAGCUCGGAAAUAAUUUUUACUUCGGUCCUGUUGGGGCAAAACCCCUGGUAAAAUUAGGUUGAAGCAAGUAUGUAGAAAGAGUUGGUAAAAGUCUUUAAAGUUAUUACCUGAAGUUGGUAUCUUUACCACCAACCAGAUAAUUUACAACUUUUAGAAGUUUAAUUACCGCAUCAGUAUUGUAUUUAUAGAAAUGAAGAUGAAAUAAGAGUCCUGGGGAACGAAAAAUUUUUUUUAAAGUAACGCCCCCAUUUAUUAAUUUUAAGAAGUGUUUAUCGAUUGCGAAUUUUAAAAAGAUAGUAGAACUGGUUCAGUGAAGUAUUUUCAGUGCUUCUAAAUAUGCAAUUUUUUCAGAAUUCAUUUAAAUAUAAGUGUCUCUUUAUUUAGAAACUAAAUAUGAAAAAAUAUUUGCAGCCUGGGAAAUGUUAAAAUUUAUGAAUUUUUCUGAAGCAUUUAAAAAAAUAUUUUCGAAAAUUUUUACUAUUUUAAAAUGUUAGGUAUAACUGAUUAUUUACAUGUAAUUAAUACUACACGCUUCACAAAUAUAGAAAAAAGUAUUAGACUUUAUGAGGAGAUUUCAUGAUAUUACUACAAUGCUUGUAAAUAGAUGAUUGUAAUUAUGUAAAAUAAUGUAAUUAAUAAAAAAUAUUUUAUA